UCCCUCCCUCCCUCCCUCCUUUCCCUGUUGCAUGUGUAUUCUUCUUCUGCUGUUUCUUCUUCAUCUUCUUCUUUUCCAUCUCUAGAAACAGAAUAAAGAGGGAGAGAGAGAGAGAGAGAGAGAGAGAGAGAGAGAGAACCACUUCCAUUUUCCUUUUCUUUUGUUUGGAGGAAGAAGAAGAAGAAGAAGAAGAAGAAGAAGAAGAAGAGGAGUAAUGAGCUCUCAACUUUUUCCUUUUUUUUUCUUUCAGAUGAUUAGUCUCUUCUCAGUGGGAUUACUUGUGAGCCUCGGCGAUCUCUUCGUGAGCUCCGCGAUCCAUCUCGUAUAUGGUUUCUACAUAUUCAGCUCCGCCGUGGCCGCCGAUCUCUCGCAGGCCCUUUCCGAGUUCGCCAAACCUACUAGUAUUAAUGCGGCAGCGUCGGCGGUACGAGAGUUGAUGGAGAAGAGUAAGAAGAAGGAAACAACACCUCUAGAUGGGCGUUCACUGCCACCGAUUGUGUUGGUUCAUGGCAUCUUUGGAUUCGGCAAGGGGCGGCUCGGCGGGUUGUCGUACUUCGCGGGGGCGGAGAAGAAGGACGAGCACGUCCUCGUGCCCGACUUAGGCUCCUUAACCAGCAUCCAUGAUAGGGCGCGUGAAUUGUUCUAUUAUUUGAAAGGAGGGCGAGUCGACUACGGGGAAGAGCAUAGCAGGAUUUGCAGGCACUCGCAGUUUGGGAGAGUCUACGAUCGCGGGCACUACCCGCAGUGGGAUGAGCACCACCCCAUUCAUUUCGUCGGACACUCGGCGGGGGCGCAGGUCGCACGGUUGCUGCAGCAAAUGCUCGCUGACAAAGCCUUCGCGGGCUAUGACGACACCUCCGAGGACUGGGUCUUCAGUGUAACUUCCUUGUCCGGCGCUCUCAACGGGACCACGAGAACCUACCUCGACGGAAUGCAGCCGACAGAUGGGAGGUCCAUGAAAUCAAUUUGCCUGCUGCAACUCUGUCGCGUAGGAGUCAUCUUCUAUGACUGGCUUGACUUCAGAUGGCUUAAGAACUACUAUGAUUUCGGGUUUGAUCACUUUGAGAUGGGAUGGAGAAAGCAAGGAAUUUCGGGGCUUAUCGAUCUGCUUUUGGGGAAUUCGGGUCCAUUUGCAUCCGGUGAUUGGAUCUUGCCGGACCUCACAAUCCAAGGCUCUCUCAAAUUGAACUCCAAUCUUCAUACAUUUCCUAACACAUUCUACUUCAGCUAUGCAACUAAGAGAACAAGAAAGAUAAUGGGCAUGACGGUGCCGUCGAGUGUGCUCGGAAUCCACCCUCUGCUCUUCAUUCGAGUCUUGCAAAUGUGCCAAUGGCGGUACCCAUCGGAUGCGCCGCCGCCAUACAUAGGGUACAGGGAUCGAGAUUGGGAAGACAAUGAUGGAGCGUUGAACACAAUUUCCAUGACCCACCCACGCAUACCGAUAGAGCACCCGAGCCAUUUCGUCAUCGACGACUCAGAUUGCCGUCCACUACAACCAGGCGUCUGGUAUUAUAAGAUUUUGGAAGCGGACCAUAUCCUUUUCAUUAUUAACCGGGAGAGAGCGGGAGUACAAUUUGAUCUCAUAUAUGAUAGCAUCUUCCAGAAUUGCAGGAAGCAUGUUUUGAGAACAACUUCCCAGCCGACGCUGCCGAAUCAGAUCAGCUCAUAGCCUAUCAAUUUCCAUUAACAAGCAACCAAUGAGAUCAUCGGUAUGAAUCGCACAAAUGAAAGAGUGAUGCUAGUUGGAUGUUAUGAAUCAGCUCGGGUACUAUUGGAUAAUUUCUGGCAACAAGACUAUGAAAUAUCGACUCGUAAUCGUUUAGACGAACUUGAAUCGCAACUGCUUGUUAACUGGAAAUUGGAACCAGAAGUAGCAGCAUAUAUGUACCAGAUGCAAUUUCUUCUUUCUUUUUUUCCCCUUGACAGUUGUUUAAUUUGUAGCUCCAAAUGCUUUAGCACAAUAUGGCAUCAUUAGUUGAAGACAAGACAGGGAGGUUUGAAAUUGAAUGGGAAGCUUCUGAAAGGAGAAAGACUCAGGAAAAAGAAAGUGCUUUUGCAGCAUUUUAGUUAUUGUGCUUUUUUAAGAGGCAAUCAACAGUUAAGUCUAUGUUCAUUCUUACUGAAGGGAACAAAGUAAAUCCAAGAAAUAAUCGGAUUCUGUUUAGCUAAUGGAUUAAAAUUCUCCUGCAGUGGAGAUGUCGCAUGAAAUAGCAUACAUACAUACUAUGAAAUAGAGCAAUCUUGUAGAUGCUACACAAAGUGAGAUAACACACAAUCUUCAAAUCAGCAAGGGUUGGUUGCAGAAUA